UUUAACAAAUAUUUUAUGGCUGUUUUCUGUUUUGGACCUGCGUUUUGCACCAAAAAGCUAAAUAGUUUGGAUAAUUGGCAUUCUGAUUGUGUUUAUUAUCAUUUAAUUUUGAAAUAUCUUCCACAAAGACAAUAAUCAUGGAAAGCGACGAUCUCGGAAAUGAAAUAGUAAGAUUAGAUAAUGGCUUUAUGGUAGAUGAAGAAGAAACUUUUGUUGUAAAUUCAGAUGAUGUUUUGGAGCAAGAAGAAAAUAAUUCAGAUUCAAAUUGUGGUGGAAAGAAUGUACCGUUGCGAGAGCAGGACAGAUUUUUGCCAAUUGCCAACAUUGCCAAAAUUAUGAAAAGAGCAAUACCUGAGAAUGGAAAGAUUGCCAAAGAUGCGAGAGAAUGUGUACAAGAGUGUAUAUCAGAGUUUAUAUCAUUUAUAACUAGUGAGGCGAGUGACCGUUGUCAAAUGGAGAAACGUAAAACCAUCAACGGAGAAGAUGUUUUGUUCGCUAUGAAUCAGUUAGGUUUUGAAAAUUAUGUGGAUCCAUUGAAGAUUUAUUUAAAGAAAUAUAGAGAGAUUGUUUUAUCACCGGUUACAAUAAAUAAAUUGAAUAAAGCUUAUGUUCUUUCAAGUCAUUAUCGAGAAGCGUCUACAAGUUUUCCUGAAAAUGAAAAUGAAACAAAGACAGAGACAGUUCUGUAUUCAUAUCAGAAGGGUCUCGGAGAUUUCAAUAUCAACUAGUGGUUAUAGAUAAGAAAAAAGUGCGCUGUGAAACUCUUAAUGUGGCAUUUGUAUGUUAUAUUGUUGUCUCUGUUUUAUUCAAAAAGAAUGAAAGGGAUGACAAUAUGAUUAUAUGCAAGUCCAAACACAGUGCUUCGACAAUCGAACACAGUUGAAGCACAGUGCUUCGAAAGUUGAAGACAAACAAAACACAUAAAACAAAGUCAUCAAAGUAUUGUAACGUGUUUUUUUGUUGCAAUUGUCAUGUUUGUAUUGGGAAUUAUCUUAAGAAAUAAAUAAAGGUUUUUUUUA